ACAGAAGCAUAGAACAAAACUUGAUCGAAUAUCUCAUCCACCAAAAAAUAUAUUUCCACCUUUGUGCCUCAAGUUUAACUAUCACUUGCAACACACGAAAAACUGAGAAGCAAAAAUGGCACAAGCUAUGGCUUCAAUGGCUGGUCUACAUGGUUCCUCCCAGGCUGUGUUGGAAGGCAGCAGCCUCCAUCUAAGUGGCUCAUCUCGCUUGAACAUAGUUGGUAACAACACCAGGCUAGCCGUGACCAGAACCGGGUUCGCCAUUAGAGCCCAGCAGGUGUCUGCUGAGCCCGAGACUAGCCGUCGCGCUAUGCUCGGUCUUGUGGCAGUUGGUUUGGCCUCUGGAUCUUUCGUUCAAGCUGUGCUUGCUGAGGCUAAACCCAUCAAAGUCGGCCCUCCUCCCCCGCCAUCCGGUGGACUGCCUGGAACUGAGAACUCGGAUGAGGCAAGAGACCUUGAUCUGCCAUUGAACAAGAGGUUCUUCUUGCAGCCACUGACUCCGGCUGAGGCUGCCGCGAGGGCAAAGGAGUCGGCCAAGGAAAUCCUUGGCGUCAAGUCAUUCAUAGACAAGAAGGCAUGGCCAUUUGUCCAGAACGAUCUUCGUCUCAAAUCUGAGUACCUCCGAUAUGAUCUCAAAACAGUCAUCUCUGCCAAGCCCAAGGAAGAGAAGGAGUCACUCAAGACUCUCACCGGAAAGCUCUUCCAGGACCUUGCCAAUUUGGACCAUGCAGCCAAGAUCAAAAGCACCCCACAAGCAGAGAAGUACUAUGCCGAAGCUGUAUCUACCCUUAAUGAUGUUGUUAAAAAGCUUGGUUAAAUCGAAUUUAUGUAUUUGAUCCAUAAUGUAAGCUUUAUUUGACAUUUCAUCAGAAUUUUCAUUUGCAUAUAUUUGCUAUUUGGACUUUGGAGGGAUCCUAGCUAUUUAGCACUCUAUACAGGCAAUACCGCUAUACAUGUAUGUCAUCAAUGCCUUUGUUCUAAAAGCAUCAAGUAAUAUCUAUUAUCA